UAUAUUCAUGGUGGUGUUAAUCUGCAUCCUCGUGUUUGUCAUCAGCGUAUUCUAAAAUUGUAUUUAAAAUAUUAAACAGUGUACACAAUAUAAAAUAUAAAUUUUUUACGGAAAAAUUAUUGUUGAAGUAAUGAAAUACUAAAAAAUAAUACUGCAUAUAGUGAGAAACUAAAGUGAAUUGUGUUGUACCAAAAAUAGUACUAACAAAGCGCAGAAACCAAACUCGUUUUUUUUUUGUUUUGUGCGACAUUCAUUUAUAUUUUUCGAAAGAACAUAACAACUCUUCAAAAAUUGUCAAAAUAUUUAAUUGAUUCAUCAUAGUGUUUUGGUUAAGUUAUAUAUAUUUAAAAAAGAAUGGCCGACGUAAGCGAUGCCAGCGAUGUUUUUGAUUUGGAAUUGCACGAGGAAGAAGUUGCUCCUGAUUCAGAUGACGAUAAAAUUGAGUUGGACGUUGAUAUAGAACCAGAAUUAAGCAUACAUAUACAACAGGAAGCUGAAGGUCUCGAAACAAUUCAGCUUUCCGAAGAAAAUGUAAAUCCAGGAAAACUCAAACUUGGUCCAAAAGAUUUUGAAUUAAAAAAAGUGCUUGGAAAAGGUGGAUAUGGUAAAGUUUUCCAGGUCCGAAAAACUGCUGGACGUGAUGCUAACAAAUACUUUGCUAUGAAAGUGCUUAAGAAAGCAUCAAUAGUCACAAAUCAAAAAGAUACUGCACAUACAAGAGCUGAAAGAAAUAUUCUAGAAGCUGUCAAGCACCCAUUUAUAGUUGAGCUUGUAUAUGCCUUUCAAACUGAUGGCAAGUUAUAUUUAAUUUUAGAAUAUUUAAGUGGAGGUGAAUUAUUUAUGCAUUUAGAACGAGAAGGUAUAUUUUUAGAGGACACUACAUGUUUCUAUUUAAGUGAAAUCAUAUUGGCUUUAGGACAUUUACAUAACCUAGGUAUUAUUUAUCGCGAUUUAAAACCUGAAAACAUAUUACUAGACGCGCAGGGUCACGUUAAAUUAACCGAUUUCGGUUUAUGUAAGGAGCAUAUACAAGAAGGAAUAGUAACUCAUACAUUUUGUGGGACUAUCGAAUAUAUGGCUCCUGAAAUUUUAACUAGAAGCGGACAUGGAAAAGCAGUUGAUUGGUGGUCUCUCGGUGCACUUAUGUUUGACAUGUUAACCGGAAUGCCGCCAUUUACUGCUGACAGUCGCAAGAAAACAAUUCAAAUUAUUUUAAACGCUAAACUAAAUUUGCCAGCCUACCUCACACCAGAUGCUAGAGACUUAGUACGAAGACUAAUGAAACGCCAAGAACCACAAAGACUGGGUAGUGGUCCAGAAGAUGCUGCGGCUGUGCAAGCACAUCCAUUCUUUAAGCAUGUUAGUUGGGAUGAUGUAUUAGCGAGACGUUUAGAACCACCAAUAAAACCAAUUUUGAGAAGCGAAGAUGAUGUUUCUCAAUUUGACACACGUUUCACAAAGCAAAUACCUGUAGAUUCUCCCGAUGAGAGAAGACUUAGCGAGAGUGCCAAUUUAAUUUUCCAAGGUUUCACAUAUGUAGCUCCAUCUAUACUAGAAGAAAUGCAACGUGCUAAUCGUAUGCCCGCACGUUCACCACGUCGUACCCCACGAAAUCAUGAUGGAUCCUACAGAUUACAAUUUCCUGCACAAAGAGCUAUGUAUGCACGCGCAACUCCACCGCAUCUUCAAACUUUUGCACCACGUCCGUCGCCUCAGGAUGAAAUGAUGGAUGUACAAGGUUUGCCGAUUGUGUAGUCGACUUAUAUAAAUUGCUAUGGAUGGAAAUUUUGUGUGUGAGUGUAUGCAUGUGCGGAUUCGUAUAAAAGGAAAAUUAAAAGGGGAAUUCGGUAUAAUCGCCAAAAAAACUACAACAGUUAUUAAGUUUAAAUAUUUGAAAAAAAAGAAAAGAUUUAAAAUAAAAAAAAGUAUAUAUGUAUAGUUACAAUAACUGCUUAAAUUUUUGGUUCUCGAUUUUGUUGUUAUCAUAAAAAAAUAAGCAACAACACUAUACUAAACUGUUACUUCGAUAGUACUAUUAUAAGUAAAAUAAAACUAUUACAUAUUAACUAUAAUGAUUUAAAAAACAAAAAAAAACUAUUUUUACUAUGAAAUAUAAGAAGCAAAUACACAAUAUACAAUGAACUUUUAAUUAAAAAUGUACAACUUAAUAAAAAACGAUAAAAUUUAAAAAUACUGACUUAAAGAAAAAGAAUAAAGAAUUUGAGCGAAUUAGUGCCUGCCGAUUGAAAUUAAUUAAGUAUCUAAUCAUCUGUUAAUGAAACGAAACGAGGCAUCACAGAAUACUUAUAUAUAAAUAUUAUAUCGCUCAUAUCCUUUGUAUUAUAAAUUUAAAUAAUAUUUUUUGAUUAAUUUUGAUUUUUUGAUUAUUUAUGAUAUAAAAGAUAUGAAUAAAAAAUUUCUAUUUAUAAUAUAAUUUAAAAAACUUA